AUGCUAAUAAGCUCUUUUAUUCUCGUAGCAUUCGUGAGCUCGUUAAAUCUACGCAAAGAAUUAGGGAGUCUUUAUUUAACAGAAGGUGAGCCAUAUGAUCUUCUUUUAUCAGACUACUUUUCUGGAGACAACUUAUCGUUUUCAAUAGCAGACACCAACAUGACUAAUAAUUCUGCAAGAAUAGAAAAUCAAUGCAAUUUUCAUCAUUUAUCUACGAUUCCAUAUGAAAAGCUAGAGAAAUCUUUGCCCUCUUGGGAUACUCAGCCUGCUGUAAUGUGGCAAGAUAUACAGGUUCAAGUUAUUGUGGGAUUCAACCAUAAUUAUUUAGCUGUUUAUAAAUUUUCGGUGUUAAAGAAGAAACAAAGCUUAUUUGAAGUACAACUCUAA